GCUGCACGCCUACAAACCAAAAGGACACAGACGUGUAUUUGAGCUUGGCAUCUAUAUGUACAAUCUUAUGGAAUAGAUUUACUACUAUACAGGUGCAGUGUGUAGCCAUGGCUGCAUGGGUGGAGGCGUCCACAGGGGAAAUGGGCCAAUCGCUCAUUAACCCAGACGAACCUUCAGUUGCAGCCUCUGCACUUCCUGGAGACACAGGCAAGUCAGAAUUGAUCCCAAAAUCCCACUUCAUGCCCAAACCAUUUGUCCUGCAAAGGAAUGCCACUGUCCGCUCGAUCCAGGCUCCAAAAACCAACUUAAGGAAAGAGCUCAAUCGAGCCGCCUCUUCUGAAAUGCCUUUUGAUAUUACAAAACCUGAUACUGGUGUUCCAAAACCAUCAGAAUCCCUAAAAUCAGGCUCAAAUGACACAGUAAAUGGCACUAACCAAAGUGCAGCCCCUAUACCCGUCCCACUUAUCCCAAAACCUGACUUAAUGGCUAAAGCUAAACCGGAAUCAACGAAGACUCCUGGUUCUAAUAACCAAACCAGUCCAAACUCAAAACCUGGUGUGACCGCUGAAGAUGUGAAGGACGUUCAGCCCAGGAGCAGGGCAAAAUCCUUGGGUUCUCAGGAUCAAAAGAUCCUGAGCCAGAAGGUCCAAGGAGAAGCAGCCAAGACCGAUGCAGAUGUUAAAAUGUCUUCAAAAUGCUGGCCGCCUCGAAAUCGUCUAGCCAUGGAGCUGACCUCCAAGUUCGAGUCACCAUCUCAACCAGAGAAAGAGGUGAGGAGAGAUGCUGAAACCAGCAAGACAGAGAAAGACUGGCCGCCGCGUUCUCCUUCUGAGUCCAGCUCUUCAAAGCCUCUGAUGGAGAAAGAAGAGACGGGAGAUGAGGAGGUCAGUGUUAAGAGACGGAUCAGCCUUCUCUGCGAUCAAUAUACAGCAGCUCAGCACAGGGACACCUUCAACAAAAGAGACAAUCCACGAGCAGAAAUAUCUGUUGACAUUAAACAGAGAAUCCAGAAUCUGAGCUCGGACGCACCAAGGACACGCUUGCCAUCCACUGGUGCUCCGAAAAGUCCACCAUCCGAGAAGACACAGAGCACCUCAGAUGAGCCACUGAAUGAAAGAUCUUCUGAAAAACCUGCAGCGACAGACAAGAUGCCUGGUGACAAAUCGUCAAGUACGACAGAAAUCAAGAACGCUGCUGCUAAUGUGGAGAAUGAAGAAGAAGAGGAAGACAAUGUUGCCAUUCCGGUUUACCAAAGGAUGAGCCUAGAUGCUGAGAAAAAGAGAAGGGAAGAAGAAGAAAAACAGAGAAAAGAUGAGCAGUCUGAGAAAGAAAGACAACAGCGCGAAAGGGAAAGACUAUUGGAAGAGGAGAGAAAGGCAAGAGAAAUAGAGAGGCAGAAAGAAGAGAAACAAGAGAGAAAACAGGAAGAGGAAAAGCAAAGACAGAUGGAAGAAAGGAGAAAGCAAGAAGAAGAACAAAUCAAAGAAGAAAGAAAAGAGGAGGAGAGGAGGAGACAAGCCAAAGAAGAGAGGGAGAGACAGAUUGAAGAGGAGAAGAGAAGGAUUCAAGAAGAAAAAGAGAGACUGAGAGAAGAGGAAAGACUGGAGAAACUAAAGAAAGAGAAAGAAAUGGAGGAAAGAAAACGAAUGGAAGAAGAGAGAUUGAAAGAGGAGGAAAGACUGAGACAAGAACGAGAAAAAGAGAGACUACAGAAAGAAAAACAGAUGGAAGAAGAGAGGAGAAGAAUUCAAGAGAUGGAGAGACUGAAAGAGGAGGAAAGACUGAGACAAGAACGAGAAAAAGAGAGACUACAGAAAGAAAAAGAGAUGGAAGAAGAGAGGAGAAGAAUUCAAGAGAUGGAGAGACUGAAAGAGGAGGAAAGAAUGAGACAAGAACGAGAAAAAGAGAGAUUACAGAAAGAAAAAGAGAUGGAAGAAGAGCAGAGAAGAAUCAAAAAGAUGGAGAGACAGAAAGAGGAGGAAAGACUGAGACAAGAACAAGAAGAAGAGAGACUACAAAAAGAAAAAGAGAUGGAAGAAGAGCAGAGAAGAAUUAAAGAGAUGGAGAGAUUGAAAGAGGAGGAAAGACUGAGACAAGAACGAGAAAAAGAGAGACAACAGAAAGAAAAAGAGAUGGAAGAGGAAAGGAGAAGAAUUCAAGAGAUGGAGAGACUUAAAGAGGAGGAAAGACUGAGACAAGAACGAGAAAAAGAGAGACUACAGAAAGAAAAAGAGAUGGAAGAGGAGAGGAGAAGAAUUCAAGAGAUGGAGAGAAAGAAAGAGGAGGAAAGACUGAGACAAGAACGAGAAAAAGAGAGACUACAGAAAGAAAAAGAGAUGGAAGAGGAAAGGAGAAGAAUUCAAGAGAUGGAGAGACAGAAAGAGGAGGAAAGACUGAGACAAGAACGAGAAAAAGAGAGACUACAGAAAGAAAAAGAGAUGGAAGAGGAGAGGAGAAGAAUUCAAGAGAUGGAGAGACAGAAAGAGGAGGAAAGACUGAGACAAGAACGAGAAAAAGUUAGACUACAGAAAGAAAAAGAGAUGGAAGAGGAGAGGAGAAGAAUUCAAGAGAUGGAGAGAAAGAAAGAGGAGGAAAGACUGAGACAAGAACGAGAAAAAGAGAGACUACAGAAAGAAAAAGAGAUGGAUGAGGAGAGGAGAAGAAUUCAAGAGAUGGAGAGACAGAAAGAGGAGGAAAGACUGAGACAAGAACGAGAAAAAGAGAGACUACAGAAAGAAAAAGAGAUGGAAGAAGAGAGGAGAAGAAUUCAAGAGAUGGAGAGACUGAAAGAGGAGGAAAGACUGAGACAAGAACGAGAAAAAGAGAGACUACAGAAAGAAAAAGAGAUGGAAGAGGAGAGGAGAAGAAUUCAAGAGAUGGAGAGAAAGAAAGAGGAGGAAAGACUGAGACAAGAACGAGAAAAAGAGAGACUACAGAAAGAGAGAGAAAUUGAAGAAAGAAAACAAAUGGAAGAGGAGAGACAGAGAGAAGAAGAAAGACUGAGACAGGAAAGAGAAAAAGAGAGACAAAAGAAAGAAAAAGCGAAGGAAGAGGAGAGACAAAGAAUUCAGGAGUUGGAGAGACAGGAAGAGGAGGACAGAUUGAGAAAAGAACGAGAAAAUGAGAUGGAGAUGGAAACAUGUCAUGCGGAAGUUCCUACGAGUCAUGAUUUAAUAUCGUUUGAUGCGGAGGGACCGGCAGUGUCACAGACUCUCGUCUCCACCGUCCAGGCUGCUGACGUCUCACCUCUGCUCACUGAAGUGAUUUAUGAUGACUUUUCAGUGAAACCCCGAAGAUGGGGAACAAGGGCGAGACGUGCCUCCACACCGUCUCCAUCCAGAGAACCUCCUGCUGCUCCUGACCACAGUUUACAGCCAGAAUCAAAGUCCAGUGAUCCUGGAUCUCAAGAACCAUACGGAGAUCAGGUAUAUGUGCAUGAUCUGAUCGGAUCUGAACCUGAAGCCUACAGUCCACAAAACUCGACAGAAAGCAGAAAGCAGUCAUAUUUAUUUGAGGAGUCCAAACCAGAGGACCCGCUGGAGCCAGAACCUCAAUCUGAUGAGGGUCAGCUGAAGGACGCUGAGCCCGAGGAGGAUGCAGCUGCAGAACAGGACACAGAGAAUCUAAUCGAGGAAACCGAUGAACAAAAUGAAAACAGCGACACUGUUGAUGGUCUCGCCAGAAUCAAUCAAGUCCUACAGAGACUGACUCAAAAAACUACAUCUACUGAUUCAGACACAGAAGACGUCCCAAUUCAGGAGGAGGCCGAACCGCUACCGGUUCUUGAGACUGCAGCUCCUCUCCCGGACUCCAGCGUUUACCGCUCAAAGGUUGCUCUGGGGAAGAAACGGAGCAUAAAGCGCUCCAGACCUUCUCGUUCUAUACGACAGAAAGCCACCCUGCUCUCUCUGACAGAGGGAACGCAACCCGACUGGAGGUUCUGUGACUCCACAGAAGCAAAAGAUCCGUGUUCCAAUGAAGCGGACUCUGAAUCAGAAGAGGAACCGUCCCAGGACGUCACGUCCUCUCCAGCCCCGAGUCAGCCCAAAAGAGUCCCUUUGUUUCCUGGGAUGGACCCUUCUGCCCUCAUGGCGCAGCUAAAGCGGAGAAGUGGAGUUGCAGAAACAGUAAGUCCAGCAGAAGCACAGACGUCUCCGUCUGUCCCCACACGCUCUCCCCGCACACACACCAGCUCCCUCGGCCCCAGAGUGCUGCCCCCUGUUGACAACAGUGGGUCGGGCUCUUCACCCUCCUGGCUGCUUGAGCUCAAAUCCAAGAAGCGAAUGAAUCAACCUGAAAGUGAAGCAUGAAGCUCGUGAAGCUCCGGUCUGAUGCAGUUUAAGAGGAAGUCCUCUGCAGAGGAAGUCUGCGUGAUGCCACAAAGAUGCCAAAAGAACUGCCUUAGACGAAUGAGAAGUGCGAUGAUCUUUCAUUCUCAUGCUGACUGAGUAUCAGACUAUUUUGAGUACAAGUCCUGGACUAAACAGUUUGUCAAGCUUUGCCGAGAUGACGUCCUGUUAUACACAUUUUUACAUUUUACAUGAAAGUCUGUCAUAAUUUGGCAGCAUUAUAAGCGGCAAAAGAAUGUGUGUUUAAAAAGCAAGUGCCGUUCAUUUGAAUUUUGUUUACAUUUAUUAAUCCAGCAGAUGUUUUUAUCCAAAGAGAGGAUGGUAAAACAAGCAUUCAAGUUCCUCCAGUUCGAUCAGGGGCCAAAUGCACAUAUCUUCUGUUCAUCUCUGAUCGUGGAGAAGCAGAAAUCAGUAUAGCUUCAAUGCACUUUAAAUGAGUCAGCUGAGACCACUGGAAAAGUACCUUAGGGCUCUUAGGCAUUAAAUUGCAUUUGAGUUAGAUUUUUCUGAUUUUAAAUAUUGUGUUUCUAAAAGUCUUCAGAUGUUCAUUAUGGCAUUGCUAUAUGAAACUCCUUUUUUCUCUCUCUUAAUUGUUUUCAUUGUUUACAACAUGCCGGUCCUUUAAGACCCAUUCAUGAUUUGAUGGUGUUUUGGUCUCAUUCGGUUUUAUUUUAUUCUCUAUGUUUCUUAUUUAAUCAAAGCUAGUGAGCAGAAAAGCAUCAGCUGAUGUGCUUGGAUCGGGCUGAUUGUCAUUUAUGAGGUUUUGUUUUGUUGCCCGUGUCUUUUCAGCCCUGCCAAGAACACUUUUACAAACACAAAUCAGAGUUACGAUAAUGUCUAAUAAGUUGUGACUGUGUUCCUUUGAAAUGUUUUUCGGUCAUGUUUAUUUUUAGACUUCAGCUGUGUAAAUUGAUGCUUGAGGAAAAUGUUUACCUGUUUAAUGUUGGGAAAUAUGAAUUGUGUUUUAUAAAAUAUGAAUUACGAACUGCAAUUAUCUUGAUUAAAUAUUUUUCUAAAUGGGAA